AUGCAUCAAAACAUUAGAAGCAUAACUCGCAAUAUGGAUGAACUUAAAGUUCUAAUACAUAGGACAGCUUUAGAAUGGGACUUAAUUCUUCUUACAGAAUGUUGGUUGCCGUCCACCCACUAUAUUCCGAUAAUGGAUGGCUAUAACUACUGUAAAACUCUUAAUAAUGCAACCCAAAAUGAGGGUGUAGUAGUGUAUUUCAAAAAAUCUUUGAAUAUAACCUGGCAGGAGUUGUCAAUAUCAGAUUGUAAUUCUAUAUUUCUAAAAAUAUGUAAGGACACUAUAGUCAUUGUAAUUUAUAGACCACCUGGAUUUAAGGAUCCCACAAAUUUUAUUGAAUCGCUUAGUAAUAUGCUCGAUCAAUAUUCACAUUAUAAAAACAUAAUUAUUAUUGGCGAUAUUAAUAUAGAUAUUGUCAUACAUAGUAAAGACUCGUACGCUUCAUAUUACUUAAAUAGUCUAGCAUCUAAAGGUAUGUUACCUGCCCACACCUUCCCUACCCAUGGCAAAACGUGUCUAGAUCACGUUGUAUUGAAAACAAAACUACAAUCAACCUGCUACGUUGCGGAGACUUCCAUUACUGAUCAUGACACUCUUAUAUUUCUAUUUGAGGCUAAUUUCAGUACACGUAGUUUGCCACCAAAAAUUAGAGAACGUAUAAAUUAUGAUAAAUUAGAUAGUUACCUUAGCACUUUAGACUUUAAAAGUAUUUAUUCUAUGGUGGACGUUGACUUAGCAGCUACAUUCCUGAUGGAAUCCUUAAGUAAUGCUUUAAAAAUUAAUACAAAAACAACUAAAGUUUCUAAUCGCAAAAUUAUUAAAAAGCCCUGGAUUACCCCAGGUAUUUUGAGAUGCUUAAGAAAUCGGGACAAAUUACACCAAAAAUGUAAAAAAUAUCCGGAUGAUGACGUAAUCAUAACUACAUACAAACGUUACCGUAAUUACUGUAAUGAACUACUUAAAAAAUUGAAAAAGGAAUAUGAAAAAUCAGAAUUAACAGCAGCAGUUAAAAUAAGUAAUAAAAAACUUUGGGACACAAUUAAAAUAGUCACAAAUAUGAAUAAACAAAAUAAUAAAGCCGAUAAAUUAUUAAACAAAUCUGACCCCAUAACUUCAGUUAAUUAUGUUAAUUCAUUUUUUAUAAAUAUGGGUAAAUCUUUGGCAGAAAAACACCACAUUAAUAACAACACGUCUAGCAUUUUUCCUAUAAACACAUAUCAGCAUUCCAUAGUACUUCUUGACACGGACGAACAUGAAAUAGAGACAAUUAUUUUAAAUAUGAAAACUAAUUGUAGCGUAGGUAGAGAUAAUAUUUCUACUUUCUUUCUAAAAAGGUACAGAAAUUUACUAGUCCCUCCCAUUACAUAUAUAUGUAACCUUUCCCUUAAAACUGGUAAAUUCCCCAACUGUUUUAAACUAGCUGAAAUUCACCCUAUUUACAAGAGCGGUGAUGCGGGCUGUGUCAAUAACUACAGACCCAUUUCCAUUCUUCCCACUGUGUCAAAAAUACUAGAAAAAGUAAUCAACAAGCGCUUGACUAAUUACUUAGAGAAACAUAAUCUGUUAUCACAUUGCCAAUAUGGAUUUCGACCAAAACGUUCUACACAGGAUGCAGUUCAUGAACUAACUGAUUUCAUUGUUACAAACCUUGACAGUAAAAAGAAAGUAGUUGCUAUAUUCCUUGAUCUAGCUAAAGCAUUUGACACCGUCUCCGUUCCGCUUUUGUUGAAUAGGCUAGAAGAUCUUGGAAUAAGAAAUACACAGCUGAAACUGUUCUCUAACUAUUUAACGGGUCGAUAUCAGAGGGUACGGAUUGGUGGUUGCUGCAGUGAUGAUCUUCCCGUAUCAUAUGGUGUACCACAGGGUAGUGUACUUGGUCCAACGCUAUUUCUUACAUAUAUUAAUUCCCUAUGUAAUGUAAAAAUUCACAAUGGGAGGAUCAUUGCUUUUGCGGAUGACAUGGCUCUUCUUUUCCAGGCUGAUACAUGGUCUGAGGUAUUUAACUUCGCACAAAAUGGGUUUGAUUUAGUAAAUAAGUGGCUAAAAGAAUAUAAACUUACAUUAAAUGUCGAUAAAACAAAAUACAUAGCAUUUACUACAAAAAACAUCAAUGUACCUGAAUUAGAAUACUUCCACAUUACAGCUCACUGUUGCUCUCAAAUUGAUAGCUCUUGCUCCUGUCCUACACUCUCUAGAACGGAUUGCAUAAAAUAUCUCGGCGUAAUGAUAGAUAACACCCUUAGCUUUCACUUUCAUAUCGGCCUCUUAAGUACAAGGAUACGUAAGUUAAUUUAUAUUUUUAAAAAUCUACGUCGUGUUGCAGAUCAUAAUGUAAUAAAAAUGGUAUAUUUUGCACUAUGUCAAUCAUUGUUGAUAUAUUGUAUUACCAUCUGGGGAGGCGCACCUAAAACAACCAUGUUGCAAUUAGAAAGGGCCCAGAGGGCGGUAUUAAAAGUUAGCUAUUCUCUACCAUUCCUUUUCCCUACAACUGACCUUUAUCAACAGUGUAGUGUCUUAUCUGUUCGCAAAUUGUUUAUAUUACACACUGCGCUACUACAACAUUCUAUGAUACAGUAUGAGUCCUCCAAUAAUGACAAAAGAAGGAAAUAUGUAGUUUGUCCCAGUAAAUGUCUAAAGACCCAAUUUUCACAUAGAUUUUUCUGUUUCCUGGGAGGUUACCUUUAUAAAAAAUUGAAUAAACGUUUAUUAAUUUACUCUCUAACAAAACAUGCAUGUAAACAAACAUUACAGAAAUGGUUGUUAAAUAUCGAUUAUAAGGCUGCUGAAAAUUUACUGACAGUAUUAUCCUAA